GCCGAGAUAACCUCCACUACGAGUCUUUACUUGUUGCUGAAGUACCAGAGAGUCUGAGAACCCAACGCAGUCUUUAAGAUUCAUAAUAUCAGAGAAUAUCCCCAUCAGUUCGGCCACGGCGCAAUGAAUGGAUAACGAUCGUAAAAAAACAUUUAUUUUGACAGAUGUGCCCAAAGAUACUACUUUAAAACUUCGUUGAUGACCAACAUUUAGAAAGACAUGUACGGUAGUUUUAAUUCAGCCUUGGGUAAAAUCAAAGUGUUACACCUAGGGCUGUCAAAUUAACGCGUUAAUUUUGAUUAAUUAAAAAAAUAAUAAUAACGCGUUAAUAGAUUAAUGCAGAUAAAUCGCAACUCUAUAGUGCCCUUUGACCCGGUGCGUCAUUUGCGUUGAAACUAAGGCCCCGUCCACACUAACCCGGGUAAAUGUAAAAACGCACAUCCGCGAUGAAAACGAUCUCCAUCCACACUAUCGCUUUCAUAUCGUUUUCGGCAAGUUUUGCAUCCACAUUCCACGCUGAAAUUAUUUUGAUAAACAGUUGUUGUCAUGGUUACGUAACUCCGCCACGCCUUUCUGUUUAGAUUACAGGCGUGCGAUCAGCUGAUAUUUACAGUUGAUCAGCUGGUUAAUCAUUUUCGACCCGGUCUUGUCGAGAAACGCCGCUCCAAGUAGGCCUACGGUUUGAACUGCCGUCUUUCGGAUUUUUUACCAUCACUGAAGAAGAUCAAGUACAGCGCUCGCCUCCGGCGUUGGAGCAACAAAUAGAGAGCAUGCCGCCGUCUGCUUGCAUUCUACGACCUGCCCAGCAGGGGGCACUGUGAGCUGGCGCUGUCCCUGCUACAGGAGGAAGGGGUGGAAUACGACCUGGAGGACGUGGUGGAGGCGGUGAUGGAUUCCAAGGACCGGGAGUACAUCCUCCGCAUCCUGAACAUAGAGUGCCAGUCGUGCUACGGCCGUUUCCCCAUGAAAAAGCUGCAGAUGCUGACAUCGUGCCAGUGCGUCAUGUGCCAAGGAUGCUUCAAGAUGUUCUUCGAGUUUGCCGUGCGGGAGAAGCACGUCACAGAAAUCGUGUGCCAGUUCUGCGACAGUCUGGACCAGAGCGACCCGGAGCAGAUGGAUAUGCACUCCUCCACCCUGGACACCCAGCUGCGCGACUGCCUGGACCCCGAAGUGUUCGAUAUCUACUCCAAGAAGUUGAUGGAGUACACCAUCAUGAAGGACCCCAAGUUCCUGUGGUGCUGCCACUGCUCCUUUGGCUUCAUCUACGAGGGCAACCAGCUCAAGAUCCAGUGCACCAGUUGCCAUAAGUCCUUCUGUUCCCAGUGUAAGAAGCCUUGGGAGCCCCAGCACCAGGACCUGAGCUGUGAGAUGUUCCUGCAGUGGAAGCGGGACAACGACCCGGAGUGGCAGAAACAAGGCCUGGUGUGCUUCCUGCAGGAGAACGGCAUCACCUGUCCGAGCUGUGGUUUCCAGUACGCGCUGGCCAAAGGAGGCUGCAUGCACUUCACGUGCUUGCAGUGCAAACACCAGUUCUGCAGCGGCUGCAACCAGCCCUUCCACAAGGCGCUGUGUAAGAACGUUCCGUGUACGAUAAACGGUCUCCAUGCCCACCACCCCCGGGACUGCCUCUUCUAUAUGCGGGACUGGAAACCCGACCGCCUGAAGGAACUCCUCCAGCUCAGCGGCGUGGCGUUCAACACUGACCCCCCUGCAGACACUGAGAACUUGGAUGCCUGCAGCGUCAUGCAGCAGAAGGAGGAAGGAGUUCAGCUGUUGGACCAGACGUGCGGGAAUAAGACGGAACCGGGGCAGGCCGGACUCUGCGAGAAGCACUACAGGGAGUACCUGGUGAGCCUGAUCAACGACAACUCCCUGGACCCGGCAACGCUGUACGACGGCGGGGAGCUGGCUGCGGCGUGCGCCCGGUACAGCGUGGUCGUCCAGAGGGGGGAGGGCGAGGAGGACUACCCCUACAAAGCCCGCCUGCUUGAGAAACUCAAGGAGGUUCCCCUUGGAGAGAACGUCGCUCGACGGAAAUGAAGAUCGCUUUUCCUAAAUAAAGACCCCAAUUUAAAUUGUGCUAUAUUUUUCUUGGUAGAUCUGCCUGAUAACACACUGAUGAUUAUAUAUAUAAAAAAUAUAUAUAGUUAUAUUCCUUUUUAAGAGAUGGCCAGUAUUUUUUUAUAUCCGGUCAGUAUUUUUGGGGGUAAUCUGAAGUUAUUUUUAUAAUUGUCUUUGACGGGAGUAGAAAAUCCCUCCUGGAAUCAGUGUCUUGUAACAGGGAUUUUGUUUGAGCAUUGAGCAAUGAUGGAGUCAGGAAGGAGAAAAGGUGUGUCUGACAUUGUUGUGUUAAGAGACUGCAAUCGUGGAGUUAUAGAGACCCUUUUAUGGGGACUUUAUGGGGCUAAUUUGGUGAAACAUGUUUAAAUACGGACAGGAUUUGCACAUCGACUACUUUGUGAAUCUGGUACUGUGUAACUGUCAUGAAUAAAACCAUUAAUAAAAAAAA